AACGGCUGCCUGGGCCCGGCGCGCAGCCUGAGCGGGCGGGCGGCGGGCCCGGAUGAGGAAGUGAUGUGACCGGGGACGGAGGGGGCGGCACGGCACGGCACGGCUGGUGCGGGCAGAAGCGGGGCUGGCGGCCGCUGCCGCUGAGGGUAAACUGUGAAAAGCUCAGGACAACCGAUCCUCAAUAGCCCUGAUGCUAUCAUCUGGGGUGGAAUCUCUCCUUGAUUCUUCUGUAUCUGCUGUAAUAGAGGAAUUGUACACUGGACUGCCGGAGAGCAUCUCCACUGAACUUAUGGCUGUAUCAGAGCCUCAUGUUGGAUUAGAUGUGAAUUCCGAUGUAUCCAUGCCUGUGCUAGCACACAGUGAUGGUCUGUCAGCUGAGCAUCAUAGGACUUCUGGAGUAGAAAACUUUUGCCAGAAGACAGAGGAUUUGAGUGAUGUGCUCAAGGUGAUUUCUCAAGGGCCAGCAGAAUCCCUUACUGAAGAAUUACUAAAGGCUGGAGACCUUGAAGGCAAUGAAAAAAACAAAAAAAGAAACUUUAGGAAAUUAGACUGUUGUAGUGAUGGAUACCAGAAAGAAGACACAGAGGCACGAGGUGCUGAGGAGUGUCAUGCUGAAUGCUGUGCUGUAACGCCUGGGGAAAGCUGGUCAAAACAAGAGGACCCCUAUUUAAACCAGCAUGAGGUGAGGUCUUCAAGAACCUGUUGCACUGAAAUAGCAGGAUCCCUGAAGAACAGAGAAGAAAGUCAAGCAAAUGUUCAGGUGACAGCUGAAACUCUGCCAAAGCUCACUGAAGAAGUACAAGGUAUGAAGGCUGAUGGGACUAGGAUAUUUAGUAAAGCAGGAUACAGGAAUGACAGAGUGCGUAAAGGUCUUCCGCCUGAGAGCAAUGAAAGCCCAGAUGUAGACACGGUCAUGGCCACAGCUGGGGUUUCAGGAACCAGCACAUUAGAUUUUUUAGAGCCUUUAAAAGUCACGGACGUUGAAUCAGCCACAGAGCAUCCACAACAAACAAAUGAAUAUAAUGGGUUAAAAGCCCAUACUGCCGUGCCAUUGAGACCAGGGGUUAAUGUCUCUAUUUUGGACAUUAGAGAAGAAAAGUUACCCAGACAAAAUCCUGUUAAUGAAUUCAGUACAUCACUAGCUAAUUGCCAGACUUAUCAGCAGGAUGAAGAAAGCAAUGCUCAUGUCUUCUGUACUGGUCCUGUACCUAAACAUAAUGAACCUCAUAGGUUGUCAUCAAUAGAAAGUUGUAGAACACUCUCCACAAAAAGUUCGGUUUUGAAAAGCAUCUGUUAUCUGGACUUUAGAAAUAUGCCACUAGAAAACAAUAGUACUGCAGUCCAUGGAAUUAUCAAUGAAAGCCCCAAACCAUAUCUUCCCGAUAACAUCAAAAGUCAGACUCAUUAUGAUCAUGGAACUGGGAUUGUAGAAAAUCGAACCUCCACAUCCGUACCAGUGGAGCAGAUCUCAGUGGUAAGGAGCAAAGAAUUAUCUAGUGCUAAAAUUGAUCACAGGGAAGUAAGUGCUAGUAUAGGUAAAUUGUACAGCUCUGAAUUUGAAGAGGCUGCUGAAGUCCGGAGAAAAAUUGCUGUGGGAGAUAACGUUGAAGUUGGUAGCUGGCCUGAAGCUCAAGAGGGUGCUAAUUCUGAGCAUUGUCAUUCUUCAGUUUUUAGUUCUGUUGCUUCAUCUCCCGAGGAGUUCUCAAAAGAAAAAUUAAAAAUGGUCCCAUCAGAAGGUGACAAGUUGAAAGAGGACCAGUGGCACUUCUCUGUCAGUGAUCUAUGCAAGGAUAAGAUAAAAGAAAAUAGUCUGUUGAUGGAAAUGAGUGACACUGCCUCCCAUGAAAUUGGGCAGACAGACAUGUGCUUUUAUAAUACGUCCAGUAAAAGUUCUCCUCCCAGUAGCCACAACUGUCUGGAUCGUAGUAUCAAGUUAGAAAAAGAUUCACCUGAGGCACAACUGCUUGAAGAGGAAUCUGAGAGUAAUACAACAUCAGAAGAGUUGGCUGGCAGUUUAGUUGAAGCUACAGAGGCUGAUAGUAAUGACAGUUUGUCCACUGGCAAAGAAACUUACUUGGUUUAUACACUAAAUGUACCUCUACCUCCUGUUGCACAAAAAUCAAGAGAACCUCAUUGCAAUGAGUGUCCUCCUUGUACUGCUAAUGAAGUUUCAAGCAGGGACAAGGCUCAGGAUAAUCUAUCUGGAAAAGAAUCAAUUGGUGCUUCUGGAACAACAGGGGAACAAGUUGCUCAAAUUGUGCUUCAUAAAGACAAAUUCAAGUCUUCAGUAAGUUCCAGGACUUUUGAUAACCCUAAUAUGACACGCAAAAUUUCCCAAAAGAACAUGAAGUCUUCAGCGGGAAAUACAGAGAGUGUGGUCAGUGGUUUAGAAAAUGAACAUAGUGACACAUGGAAUUGUAAUAAUCAGAGUAUAAAAGACCAGUGUACAGCUGCCAGUACUUCCUGUGUUUUAUCAGGGAGUACAGGUGUAGAUGAUGUUCUCCUGAACAGUUAUUCUUUUAAUGUUGAGGUUGAUAAGAAGAUUGAAGAAAAUGAUAAUUUGGAAGGAGAAGUUUCAGCUGGAUAUAAUAGUAAGAAGGCAGUCAUCUUUCCAGAAGCACGCUUCCCUUUGGCAUGUGGAUCUCUUCCUUCUGAAGAUGACUGGAGCAACAGAGGUGUAGAUCUGCAUGGGAUAAAUGACAUUUCCACUGGAAAAACCAUGCUUUGCUCAGCUUAUACUGCAGAGAAGUCUAUUGCUACCCUUGUAGGAGAUGAGAUUUCAAGUAAGAAUAUGGAGGUUAUGAAACAAUUUGAUCUUUGUAAAGUAACAGAUGGCAGUGAAAUUGUUUGUGACAGGGAUGAGGCAAAAGAACAAAUCGGCCUGUGUGCUCUCCAGACAGAUGAAUUUGAUAAACUAAGAACUGUGGAUUCUUCAAAGGCUCCUGAAGGCAAUCAGAGAAAUAAGACUAGUGAACAGUUAUUAGUCAGAUAUUUGAACAAAAAAACCUGUGUUCAUAAUUUUGGAUUUUGCAACUCUCCAUUAGGCCCAAAGAAGGGAGAAGUAGGCACAUUUGAGAAGAAAAAAGUGUCAUCGCUCACAGCUAAUACCUCUGAGUAUAGUGCUUCAAUCUGUGAUACGUGUCCGUUAAUCAGCAACAUGAAUAUUCAAACACAACAUGCUAGCCAAACAGAAAAGAUCCUUCAUCCAAUGGAAAAUCAGUGUCGUGCAUGUCAGAGUGAGUUUGAUGGCCCAGUUCCAGGCAGCAAGCAACAUUUAGAAAGUUUAAAUAACCAACCAACCACUGGCUUACAAACUGUGGAAAAAAACAAAAUGUCAAUUGGUUGUAGUCAAAGUGAAGAGAUACUGUUAAAAACAAGUGACAACUUGCCUCAGUUUGUUCAUAAGUAUGCAAAGCAAGACAGUUUUCAAGGAACUCCAAAGGAGAAUGUAGUAGAUUUGGACUCUUUAAAUGGUGCUGGAAAUGAAGACCGUUCAGGAUACGUGGGCUUCAUCAUUGAUCAAAUUGAGGAGAAGACAGUUGAACUAAAAGAACACAGGAAUGGAUGUGAAAGAGAAGAUAAAGGAACUCUUGAAGAAAGCUCUUCUGAUAGCAAAUCACAUUGCUCACAGCAAGUUUGUCUCAUCAAAUGUGCAAAAGAGAAGGCAGAGCUGGUGUUUGCAGGAAACAAAACGCAGCAAUCUUUGGCAAAGAUGGAGGAGGUGGAGGACCCAGAAAAUACAGUUAGUGCCCGAUUUUUGCCCUUCUCAUCAAUUCAUGGGAGUCUGUCAUAUAAGCCAGAAAAUAUGAAUGUCCUUUCAGAGACAGAAAACAAAAGAAGUCUGAGAAUAAAACCUAUCUUAAAUAACUCUGUCUUGCAGUUAACAGUUGAGCCUAGUAAAGAAACCAAUGCUCAAAAGGGUAUAGGUCUAUCCCAUUUCAGAAAGAGUGACAUCCAAGAAUCUUUUAAUGAGACUCAGGCAGAUUCAGAAACACCAUCAGCUCUGAACUUGGGAAUCUUUGUGCCUGAGAAUACACAAAUAGAUAAUUGUGAUUCAUCUUCAGCUGAAGACUUCAGCAAAGGUUCUUCAGUGACAAAACCUCUUUCUGUAACAAUGUCUGUUAAAAGAAAAGCCAGCAAUACUGAGAUUCCAUCUUCAGAGAAUGAAACAGCAACUAGCUUUCUGAAAGGUGCAAAAAGCUCAAGAGUUUGUGCACACAGCAAAGAAAGUCUGAGAGAUGAGGGGCAUAGCAUGCUAACUGUAAAAGACAAGAAUGUGACCUCACCAAAAGGUACUCACUGUGGAGAGAAGUUGAAGAAUACAUGUGUGGAAGAGGAGAUGGGAAGAGAAGUAGCCUCUAGAAAAAAAUUGCACAUAGAUUCUUUUCUUGAUGGAGAAGAUUGUCUGCGGGCCUUGUUGGAAGAUUCAAAAGAGUCUGGUAGCAAAAUACUCUCUCUCAGUACUGAGAAUUAUGAAAAGGUUUUGGAAGAAAUCCCAAGAUCUAACCUAAGUAAUCUUUCAAAAGAAAGAAAAAAUACAACAAAGCUCACAAACUUAGCAGGUGCCAGUCUGCUUUCAGAAACUGUGCGUGACUGUCAAGCUGAAGAUGCAUCUGAAGCAGGAACUUCACCAGAAUUGCAGUAUAAUGCAACACCCACAUCUUAUCCAUGUUUGAAUAUGCUAUCAAACAAUUGCAAAGAAUCAUCCCCAAACUGUGUGACUUGCAGUGAAGUACAUGUGCCUUACAAAUUAAAUGCACAGAGCAAAGAUAAUGUAAAGGAGAUUACAGAAGGCCAGCACACUAUACCAGCUCGUUCGGUUUCCAAGGAAAAUGAGGUGUUAGGUUCAGAGAGACUUGAUCAAACAGAGAAAUGUCAGGUACUUAAACGAAAGAAGUAUGAGAAGAUGGAAGUACAUCUGUCGGACAAGGCACAAGAAGAACAGAAGUCAGGAUAUCAAGAGGAAGCAAAAAUCACACUGCAACCAAGUAUGUCACACAGUUCUGAACUCUCAUGCAGCUCUUCAAAUGAGUUGGUGACAUUAAGAAAUAUGAAGUUCGAAGGUCCUUCAGAGGAGAUUUUUGCUGUCAGAAGCAGUGAAAAUGAACUACAUAGCACUUUACAAGAAGUCAAAAGGCCAAAGAUUACCACAGAUGUUAUUAGUUCACAGUUUUUGAAGACUCAGGAUUCAGAAGUGGAUAACCUGAACCUUAAUUUAGGGUAUGAUGGAAUCCCUGGUGCCUUUGGAACUACAAAUAAACUAAGAGGACCUCUUCCAUUAAAAAGACAGCCUGGAAGGACGUGCAAAAAAAUUCCCACAUCACAUCAACUAAAAGCUGUAAGAAAGGGCAAAAAAAGUAGAAGUUCACCUUUUUUUGAGAUUCCCCCAGAAUUAUUCCCUAAGCAGGAAAACACGCUUCUCAAAUCUUUGUACUUUCCAUGUAAACCACCGACCAUGGAAACGGAAACAGCCAUGAGAUUUGUGCAUGUGCCAAGGCAGAGGGCCAAGAGGUGCAAUUUGUUGAACAGCUUGAAAUUCAGAAAAUGUACCAAAGAACCAGCAUUGUUGGGCGAGCUGUCUGCAAUGGCUAGCAAACUCCUGGCACCUGCCAAAAGCAUCCAUAACUUAGAACCUCUGCCAUAUUCUUCUGAAAUUCUUCCAGUGGCUGAGAGGUACAGCCAACGUAGAUCUAAAAAUCUAUUGGAAGCCUUUUCUUGCAUUAACAGGAACUUACACUCACGCUGGGCUGACAGUUGGUGCACCAAGAUGUUCAGCUUUCAGCCUUUGGCACUUUAUCCUGCAGAAUCUACCAAAAUACUUUUUUCAGACUUGAGCCACAAGCCUCCAACCUCUUUCUUGGAUACCCCAGUUUUCCCAAUUUCUUUUCACAUAACAUUGGACUCUGGUCGUGUGACAGACCUUACAGGGAUUAUACCCCAGCACUCUGUACAUCACAGACCAGUUUUGGGAGAAAUGCCAGCACCGCCUUCAAAAUGGACUUUCUCUUUUCUGCUGUCUCAGAGCUGUUCAGAUACAACAGCUUUAAAGGAAGAUUCGAGUCUAGAUAAUGAGCUGCAUUCCUCUCUCUCGGUAAGAACCCCAAGGGCUGUUGCCCUUCAUCCUGACCAUGGAAGAAAUGCCGUAGCUGAAAGAAGAGGAGGUUGCUCCAUGCUUGGCCUUCACACAGUGUUAGCACUUUCUUCCCCUGGAUGUUACAGGAUUUGGACAAGAAGAAGAAACUUAACCAGUCAUAUUCCUACCAUCCAGAGACUAUUUAUAUCACAAUUCGCACAGGGUUUGAAAGGGACAAGGUAUCCAACUUCUGUAUCAGAUGACCUCGUCUCUUCAUUGCCAUACUCACUGGGCAGGGUACUAUCCAUAUGGAGUCAGCAUGGUCCUUCUGCCCGUCCCUCCGAAAUCACUCCUCUCCAUUCCAAUCACUGCAAGUGGCAGCCAAGUGUGGGCAUCGAGAACAGCUAUGCCAUGUUACCGCACUUACCUGUACAGAGUAUGGAAGCACUACAGACUGCAGGUCAUGAGAUACGUCUGGAAACUUCAUUCCCUCUUCCGUUACCAAAGUCGUGCUCACUUCCAGUAUCAUCACCAUCUCCCCCCAGGCUUUCAGCAUCAGAGCUCCAGAUCCAUGCCCUUGAUGAAGCUGAUGCUUCUGUUCCAGCCUGUCUUAGAUCCCAAGAUGACACAGAACUGAAAAAAAUUGAGCCAGAAAAGAGGCCAAAGAAAGUCUCACAGAUCCGAAUCAGGAAAACUGUUCCUAAGCCGGACCCUAACCUUACUCCAAUGGGACUACCCAAACCAAAAAGGCUUAAGAAGAAAGAAUUUAGUUUAGAAGAAAUUUACACAAACAAGAACUAUAAGUCCCCUCCUCCAGCCAGGAGCUUGGAAACGAUCUUUGAAGAGCCCAAGGAGAAAAAUGGACGCUUGAUCUCUGUCAGCCAGCAGAAGAGAAAGCGGAUUCUAGAGUUUCAGGACUUUACUCUUCCCCGGAAAAGGAAGACACGAGGCAAAAUCAAAGCAGUGGGUAGUUUUACCCGAGCAAAAAAAGCUGCGCUACAGAGUGCAGAGUUAGAUGCUCUUCUGAGUCAGAAGCUAAUGGACCUUGAAGCCUUUUUUGCAAGGGAGGCUGAGCAGGAGCAGGCCUCUAGCAUCUGAGGGAGCCAUUUAGCUGGAAAUGGUCCAAUCCGCUUCUUUAGUAUUUUAGUCCUGUUGGCGAAAAAUCUACUGACUUCUUCAUACAUUACUCUACCACUCUGUUCUAAUAUCUGAUGAUCAGUUUUUGGCUGUUGCUCUCUUUAAGGUGCUAUUUUAUUUUUUUAAAUGCUAUUGGAGGGAUUCUUUUAGGUCCCUGUUUGAGUGUAACACAGCCAUGUAUAAUUUCGCAUUCCUUCCCCAACGUCUGGAAAUUACUGCUAAUGUUUUAUUAUGUUAAGUACCUUUUGGGGGGUAGAGUAGAAGUAUAAAGGAGGAAGUAGUGCACCUUCAGUGAUGCUAGAACUCUGUACUCCAGAUCAUUUGCACAUUUGAGUCUGCUGUUGUUACUGUAAUGGCUAUUUUGAACAACCUGACAGAAGAUAACGAUGAAUUCUAGCAAACACAUUCUUGAUAUACCACUAACUUUUUAAUAAUUAAAAGUAGCUGUCUGGGUUUGCUCUCAAUUGUUUCUUCCUUCUGUUUACUUAGAAGGUUCCUUCUGAGUUUCUGUGUCCUUCCUGGCUUCAGGCAGCAGAAGCCCCACAUAACUAGACUUUAAAUAACUUGCACUUUGUAUAUGUUUCUUUAUUUGCUGCAUGAGGACACCUUUUAACAUGAUUGAGCUCAAAAAAAAAAGGUAAUAUUUUAAGAAAAAAAUUGUGCCCAGUACUAAUUUUUCCCGAAUAGUAGAGUUUUUACCUACUUGGCUAAUGCCAACCUCUUCUCCAGAGGAAAAGGUAAUUAGCCCACGAAGAUGUUAGGCUGCAGGAUAUGUAAGUAGAAGUUUUUAUUUAACUGAGCUGAGCUGCUGCAUGCAGGGAACACCAGCAAAUCUUUAAGACUCAUUUUUAAGUGAUUUUAAUUCCAGUAAAAUUAUCAACUUGAUUUUAAUGCCAACAAGAAAAUAAUUUUUUUCCAUCUUGAGGGUUUUUUUACCAUUUUAGAUUUACAAUUCAUGUAGCUCAUAAUUAGGUAUUCUUUGUACAGCACUGUUGUACAUAAUAGCGUUGUAUGAAGAGCCUCCUAGCAUGUGGAAAUUUUUACUAUUUUUUUCAUUAUGUAAGGCCAUUUGUAAUUAUCUGAUGCAGCACUGGGCAAUUUCUCAGCUAUACUUUUUGAGGGAAGAGAGCUCCCUUCUGGGAUAACUUCUGUUAAACUUACUUGAAGUAUAAUUCAACAUGAAUGCUAGCUGCAGUUCAGGUAAUUUCUGUCCUUUAGUGCCUAUAGAAGUUAUUCAGGCCAAGCUGUCAUUGCUGGGAUGCUCAAAUUUAAUUAGUCUGUUCUUUCUUUCACUUGUCACUUGAAACUUGCACUUUCUUAUUUACCUACCCGUAUAACAGAGUUUCUAUUUACCUUCAAAAUGAGCAAAUAUAUAGUGGGUGGGUAUUUUUAAUAAAGUCCUGAUAAAUGCAGGACUAAAAAUACCAUCAUUAUCUUCUGUUGCUCUGCCGCUUCUGUCACUGACUGAACAGAAAACUAAAAAUUAACAAGCAAUCUGUUGAAUUCCAGAGCUUUGAAAGUAGGGAAAUGGUAGAGGAUUAUUACACUGUGUGUGCCUGAGUCUUGAAAGAAAUGUCAUCUGGGCUUGUUUUGCUCCCAGCAUAUGUGCUGGGAUUCCUAGAAGUUUACAUUCUUGUUUUAGAGGCUAAUUAUCUUUAAUCAGGAAGACUGAAGAAAAGAGAGGAGUGCACACUUAAAGUAGUGGUGUUUGGGUUUUGAGGGUAAAACAACAAGGCAGGCAAUCUUUGAACAUAUUGACAAACUAGUUCAGCAGCAAGGUCUGGUUAACCUAUUUGGGCUGCUGUAGAACAUCUUUAAUUGAUCCUCUUUAUUUUUGUAAAAAAUAAAUCCCUAAAAAGUAAAGGUAAACUACCUUUUAAAAAUGUUUGAAACUUUCCCUAUACUGGUUUAUCAGCCCAAUUAUUGACUGGUUGGAAGCUGUAGCAAGAGAUAUAUAUUUUUAUGGGUUUAUGCUAUAGAAAGGGAUUGUUACACAGCAUUCAUUCACCUUCUAUGAGUAUGGGAGGCUUCUAGUGCUGUGACACAACUGAGCUGUAACCUUACUCGGGCUUUUAAGGAAACAAGAAUAUGGGCGGGGAGGGAGGAAACUUGGGUCCAGGCAAAGUUCAGACCUCUAAUGUGCUUCAAAACAUGGAAUAUGUUGGGUUUUCCCUUUGGGCCAUAGUGGGUUUUUGUUUGUUUCGUGGGGGUUUUUUGUCUGCUUCCCUGCCGUGUCUUGUUAUUUCAAAGCAAUCAGAAACAUUUCUUAGCUUGCUUUUUAACAGCUACAGCAGAAAGAACAGAGCAAAGAAACCACUCAAUUCUCUUUUGUCUUAAAAGUUACAAAAUAUUGCAGUUACCCAGCUUGUCCCAGACCUUAGUUUGUGGAAACCCAAAUAUACAGCAUUAUUCUGUUUUGGUUUAGUAUUUGUAUGAUGAUAGAGAUGUAAGCUAAUUGAGACAAAGCAUCUCUUCAUCUCUUGCCCCCCUCCCCCCUAGCAUACAGAUGUCAGUCAUGCUUGUGCACUUUUUCUAUUUUCCUUUCCCACCUCUGUUCCUGUUUACAGCACUCGUGGAACAGCCUUGUUCCUUGUGGCUGCUGCUUGUACACUGGGAGUGAUGACUGUGCAAAAGCUAGGUGUUUGCCACUCUCAGCUGCUUCUGUCCCAGACAACUGAAAGAAAAAAGUAUAGAGGAUGCAUCUUUGGGGACUUGCGUAUUUCCCUAGCUGAAGGAUAUGUACACUUGCCUUUUCAUAAAGUGAACCCACUCCAGUGAGGAUUUUUUGUGUUACCAUCAUGGAAAGACAUUGUACGUACUGCUCACAGAAUGACGACUAGAGCAGCUUGAGAAUUGCAAAGCUUUUGCCACGUACUGUCUCUUAGUAGUAAGUUUCGCAGAGCCAGCUGGCUGUUUGCUAAAUUUGCUGACUAUGGGAGGGUGAAAGAAAGAUCACUUUCAAAAAAAAAAACCCCAAACCCUUAUUUUAAUUUCAUUUUCAUCAUAUUAUGACUGGAGCAGCUAAGGCUACUUAAUGUAUGUUACAGCAUUUGCCUGGCUUGGCUGGCCUUGUAGCUGCAUACAUUUGAGUUCUGAUGCUUGCUGGAUAUGAUUUUCUGCAAGCAGUUCUCAUUUAUUGUAUUUGACUUGAGGUGGGCCUUUGGUGUAUUAUGUUCCAGGUGCUCUUCUAAAAUAUGGACGGUAACUGUGGAUUAAAAGUCUGUAUGAUGCUAUCAAGUUAACAAAUAGCUCAAUGAGAAUUUGUACACUUGUGCCAUUAGCCUCCAUCAUGCUCUUGGCAUUUUGUUUCUGUUCAAUAUUGUGUGAAUCUAAAAUUUUACUGUUUCUUUUGUGUGUGUUCUUAAUUUAUGGAAAUAAAUUUUUUUGAGAA